AUGUCACUUCCUGACAUCAUUGCUUAGUACUUGUGAAAUCUGUGAAUGCUCAGAGCGGUCACAUGAGAUCACAUGGUACAGGGCUAUUCACAACAGCCUUGUACCAUGUGACAAGCUGUGACCAAUCACAGCUCUCACAGUAUUUCUCAAUGGCUGAAGAAGAAGAAAUGGUUGCGAAAUCUGUGAAUGAUCACAGAGAUCACAUGGUACAGGGCUAUUCACAACAGCCGUGUACCAUGUGACCAG